UGAUUGGUUUGAAGUCUGGACCCUGUAUCAUGAUGAUGAACUUAGAAUAAAAUCUCUUUCACUAAUGGUCUGUGGGUGAUGAAUCGGUUUCUUCAGUUGCUGUGAAGUAGGCUAUGCUACAGAUGAUAAUAUGAGAGCAUUAUCAACCAUUGCGCGAAGCCUCCAGUAAAAGCUGGUCCGCCCUUCUUCAGAGCUUCAGCCACAGAACAUAUUUUUGCACUCGAACAAAACGCAUGCGCAUCGAGCAAAGCAAUUUGUCCGUUGCAGACCAGCGCAGACGGAUGUGAUCGAGGCAAGAAUCACCUGUAUUCUGGCAUUCAUGGUGACACCCAUGGGGUCCGAGCGGGUGGAGAUGCGCAAGAGACAGAUGCAGGUACACCAGGAAGCUGCUGCCGGUGUUCUCCAAACGCAGCACGGGAUGGGGAACACGCCCACCAACGCCUCCAAUGCCUGUUGCUUCUGCUGGUGUUGUUGCUGCAGCUGCUCCUGUCUGACUGUUAGGGCGGAUGAUGAGAGGAUUAAAAAAAACACCUAUGAGAGGAGGGCAGAGGAAAUCACAAACUGUGAUGACAGCCCCAAGCCUAUUCUGGAGGAUGCGAUGACAUGGACCAUGUCAUUUGAGAGGCUGAUGAAGAGCUCUGCUGGGCGGGGCUGCUUCCGCCAGUUCCUGAGGACAGAGUUCAGUGAAGAGAACAUGAUGUURUGGUUGGCCUGCGAGGAGCUCAAGAAGGAGACCAACAAAACUGUGGUGGAGGAGAAAGUACGACAGAUCUACAAGGACUUCAUCUCCAUCCUCUCCCCUAAAGAGGUGAGUUUGGACUCGCGUGUUCGAGACGUGAUUAACAAGAACAUGUUGGAGCCCACGUCGCACACGUUCGAAGACGCCCAGCAGCAGAUCUACACGCUGAUGCAGAGGGACUCAUACCCACGCUACAUGAACUCUACAGCGUACGCAGAGCUGCUGCAGGACCUGGCCGAACAGCCACCUGCCACAGAGCCAUAGACUCUCACUCACCAUCAAUCACUCUGCACUGCUUUUAGAGGACACUUGUCUUAUCCAAAUGGGGGUUUAGGUUUAGCUUUCAGUUACAGUUCAAAUGUUGAUUGAUCAACAGGUCAAUAAGCUGUAUUUACCAAACAGUAUUUAUUAAGGUGUAAACUACUGUUUAUAUUACCUUGAAUAUUGACUUUCCAAAAUACUCAGAGCAAGCAAGAACAUACGCUAGAUUCAGUUCCCGAUUGCAUAUAUAUAUAUAUUUAUAUUUUUAUAUAUUCCCUAGCGCUUGGCAUUGCACUUUUCUGAGGGGGAAGCAUGUUGUAUCAGUGAGCACUGCAUURGUGUGUAGGUCUAUUGUCAGCCUUGAAGCAUAAAAUUAGGUUUGACUUAUUGUUAAGAAGACAUGGGGAAGUGCCUUGGCAUUAGAUCAUUCACCUUCAAGAUCGUUUGAAUAAAAUAUCACAGAAAUGGUGCAACAGUUGAUCACAACAAUAGUAACUUUUUACAUACAGUGUAAGCUGAUACCUGGAAAUAGAUC